GCAAUCAGCUGGCCGGGAUGUCAGUGGCUCGCGGAAUAUUUCGCCGUGAUUUGUUGUGCUCGGGACGUGCAGAAAGACACGGAAGUGUUGAAUGGUGAAAGGAUUUAGCGAGUUAUUGGUGUGGACAGCAUAAUGCCUCGCGGUGUGCAGUUUGUGCAGAAAGUGUUUCGCCAGAAACUCCUCCUUAGCCGGCUUUUGCCGCGUCUUUAUAGUUCCCAAGGGACCGCCUUACCUAAAGCGGAGACACAUGGUGAGUUUAUCGACUUCCAUAAUGAUUGGCCCUCGGCUGAAAGACAAAAAUUUAUCGAGGACAUGCGAAUCCUUCCCGACUUUCUGGCACCUGAUGAGGAAGAGCGUCUCCUGGAGGAAAUCGAGCCCUACUUGAAGCGGAUGCGAUAUGAGUUUGAUCAUUGGGACGAUGCUAUCCAUGGUUACCGCGAAACUGAACGACGUAACUGGUAUCCCCAUAAUAAAGCUGUGAUACAACGGGUGGGUGAUAUCGCGUUUAAUGGGCAAAUUAUGCCAUUUAUCCACGUCCUAGAUCUGGCAGAAGGUGGUGUCAUCAAACCGCAUGUCGAUAGUACGCGGUAUUGUGGAUCAACUAUAGCUGGGAUGAGUUUGCUAUCAGACAGUGUAAUGCGGUUGCGGCGUGUUGAUGAGACCAAAUACAAACAGGGGAGAGAUGAUAAGGACGAGAACGGGAGCGGAGGUGAUUCCGAUUAUCGCUCGCAGCCAUUACCAACACCUGGAAACACUUCAGAGCACAAUUUCUAUGCUGAUAUACUACUUAAGCGCCGCUCGUUAUACAUUAUGAGCCAUUCGGCGAGGUACAAUUUCACACACGAGAUUCUCGGCAAUGAUGAGUCCCAGUUUCGGAACAAGCAGGUGAACAAAGGCCGAAGAAUUUCAAUUAUUUGCAGAAAUGAGCCUGAUGACGACGACGCCUAGUUAGAUGGGGAGGUCCUGGCCGGGACGAAAAAUCUACGGCAGGACGAAGAUUUUCAUGAUGAUUUGGUAAAAUAAAGCGUAGAGUAAUAUUUUA